GCAGUGCUUAAAGUCUACUAAAGUACUUUGCUGUUUGCUUUUUUUGAACUAUUUGAAAAGCAGAUAUCCCGCUGUAAUAAGUCUGUGAAGAAAUAUUUUCCAACCAAAAGAACAAACGUGCAUGUAUAGAAGAUACAAACUCUGAAAAGAAACUAAAGCGACGUGAUGCAUAUGGAAAGAUAUCAGCUGAUGAAAAAGCAGCAAUGUUAUUACAACGACGCAUCAAAAAAAUGGAGCUAAAAAAGUGCAAUGGUUGCAUUAAAUCAGUUAUUGAUUGUCCAACUGAAAGAAUAAAGUGUCCACGUGACAAAAUAUUGUCAAAACAGACUGCUCUUACUAUAAGAGAGUCUUCUUCUGGUAAUGCCAAAGUAAGCACCAACCAUGAAACUGCUAUUUUAUCAGCUCCUCCUAAUAAAGGAAAAGACGCCGGUCCCUCAUUCUGUGUAUUUGCAAGAGGAACAACAUCUGGUACAUCUAAGGGACAACAAAAUGCCUCCAUUGAAGUUGUUACCAACAAAGGUGGCAGCUAUGAAGUUAGUAGUUUAUCAAGUUCGUUUAAUAAAGAAAAAAGUAUCUCCAAUCCAUUCUGUGUAUUUGAAAGAGGAUCAACAUCUGAAACAUGUAAGAGUCAACAAGAUGUCUUCCCUGAAGCGUUUUCAAACAAAGUAGGCACCAACUAUGAAAUUCCUACUUUAUCAGCUAUUUUUGAUAAAGCAAAGAACGCCGGACACUCAUUUCGUGUGUUUGAAAGAGGAUCAACAUCCGGUAUAUCUAAGGAACAACAAAAUGCCUCCACUGAAGUUGUUACCAACAAAGGUUAUAGAUUGAACAGAAUAGUCUAUAUGAAAAAUAAUGAAAACAACUUAGAUUAUGCACGUUUAAGAGCCGUUCAAAAUUGUAAAUUUUGCAACGCAAAAAGGUUUCAGUAUGAACCACCUGGAUUUUGUUGUGGCAGUGGGUCAGUAAAGUUAGUUUCAUAUCAGCUACCUAAUGAAUUAUCAGAUUUGUACACAGGCAAUAGUGAAGAAUCUAAGCACUUCCGAACGUAUAUUAGAACAUACAAUAAUAUGUUCGCGUUUACCUCACUUGGUGUAACCAAUGAUAAAGAUUUAGCAAGGAGAUAUCAUGGUAUAUAUACAUUUCGAGUUCAAGGACAAAUGUAUCAUUUUAUACCUGAUUUACUUCCCUCUGAUAAAAAAGUUAAGAAUCUGCAGUUAUACUUCUACGAUAACGAAAAUGAACUUGCUAAUAGAAUGGCAUGUUCGAUGAAUAUCAACGAAUCAAUUGUCAAGAGACUUAUGAAUGUUCUAGCAGUUAAUCCAUACUCCAUCUUUCUGAAAUCCCCGGCAAACGUUCCGAAACUAUCUGAUUCUUAUAUCGCACUUAAAUGUGAUCCAUGUCUAGAUCAACGUGUAUAUAAUUUACCUACUGCAACAGAGGUAGCUGGAAUAUGGGUUCAAGAUAAUUCUGCUGAUAUUGUUUUUACGCCACAUAUACGAAUAUAUACCCAUAGUAAUAAGACGCAAUCCGUGAAUUACUAUUACGGAUGUUAUGAUCCUUUGCAAUACCCACUAUUAUUUCCUUAUGGUCAAAACGGCUGGCAUUGUGGUAUUAAAAAAAUUGCACGGACAAAUCAACGUUAUUGCAAACAUGAAGAAUUACCAAGUGUGAAGAACAUGUGUUCCAUCGAUGGAUUUCUUGACAUGGAAGAUCAGGUCCUGAAAAAAGGAAAACGAAAAAGAGAGACAGUUUCUUGCCGUGAGUAUUAUUGUUACAAAUUGCAGAUUAGAGAGAAUGACAAGAACGAAGUAUUACAUUGCGGAAGAUUAUUUCAACAAUUCAUAGUAGAUAAGUUCAUAAAGCUAGAAACACAAAGACUAUAUUUUUAUUUUUUUAAUCAAGAUUUGUUUCGGAUAGAUAUGCUACAAGGAAUUAUUGAUUUUCUAAGACUUGGUGAAACUGAAGCUUCCAGAAUUGGGAAAAAAACAUUCCUUCCUGUUACUUUCAUAGGAGGGCCGAGAGAUAUGCGUCGACGGUAUAUGGAUGCUAUCGCAUUAGUCCAGCGUUUUGGAAAACCUGAUCUUUUUAUAACUAUGACAUGUAAUCCAUCUUGGCCAGAAAUAAAACAACACUUGUUAUCAACUGACGAAACUCAAAAUAGACCUGAUUUAGUAUCACGAGUAUUCAGGGCAAAAGUAGAGGAAUUGAAAGCAGAUAUUUUGAAAAGAAAUUUUUUUGGAAAAGUUGCUGCUUUUAUGUAUACUAUAGAAUUUCAAAAACGUGGUCUCCCACAUGCUCAUUUUCUGAUCAUACUUAGUGAUGAAUAUAAAUUAUUAACACCUGAAUCUUAUGAUAAGUUUGUCUGUGCUGAAUUACCUAAUGCUGAUACCGAAAAGUAUCUUUAUUCCCGUGUGCUUCAACAUAUGAUGCAUGGACUAUGUGGUGACUUAAAUCCCACAAAUUCAUGUAUGGGAAAAAAGGGCCUCUGCAAAUUCAACUAUCCGAAAGAUUUUGUUGAGCAAACAUCUAAAGGAAAAAAUUCAUAUCCAAUUUAUAAGAGACGAAAUACAGAAAAACUUGUACAUAUAAGAGAACAAUAUUUAGACAAUUCAUGGGUUGUCCCGUACAACCCUUAUUUGCUUUGUAAGUUUGAUUGUCAUAUCAAUGUUGAGGUUUGUUCGGAUAUUAAAGUUGUGAAAUAUAUUUACAAAUACAUUUGUAAAGGACAUGAUAAAAUUGCUUUUUCUGUACAUGGCAACGAAGAAAUAGAUGAAAUCAAAAUCGAUCUGCUAGAUGGGUAACACCCCCAGAGGCAGCAUGGCGUUUGUUUGGUUUUCCUAUUA